CGGGGCUCGUUACCCUCCUCCCUCCGUCCUUGACAGCCAGAGGAAGCUAAGAUGGCGGCCGCCGCGGUGAGGAGCCUGGGCUCUACUCUGGGUAAAAACCUCCGAGAGAUCCGCCUGCACCUGUGCCAGACCUCUGCGGCCAGUAAGGGAGCCAGAGACUUUGUGGAGCAGAACUAUGUGACCCUGAAGAAGUCCAACCCAGAAUUCCCCUUCCUCAUCCGGGAGUGCUCCGGAGUCCAGGCCCGGCUCUGGGCCCGCUACGAUUUCGGGAAAGAGACGAGCGUCUCCGUGGAGGACAUGUCAGCUGAUCAGGUGGCCAAAGCUCUGCAGACUCUGGCUCAGUCCAAACCCUAGACCCCACCCCCCAUCUGAGCUGCAGUGGUUCAGUCCAUCGACUCACCUUUUUUUCUAUGUUUUCUUUUUCCUGUAAAUGUGUUGAUGUGAAUAAAGUGAACCUUAUGAACGA